AAUAGAAGGCUCAUGGACUAUUCUGUUUUGGACAAAUCAAUUAAAGAGAGUAAAGAGCAAUUUAUUCAGCUUUUUGUACAGUCACACAAAAAAUCCACUAUCCUGAAAACCAGUUCUAUUUAACUCAGAAACUGAUAGAGAUCACUUAUUUUUUAAUUCAGCACAAGGAUCCAAAAACGCUGGGUGGCACAGCAGCUCUAAACUUAUGACACUAGUAACAUUAUCUAAAUAAAAUACAGCAAUCCAAAUACAUAACGUUUGUACCACUGUCCUGACCAAUCUGUCCUGUUUUCUCUCUAGCGCCGGGUCUGCUGUGUGACCAGAUAUAGGCGAGAAUGAGCAGGCGUCGCAGGAGGAACAGCCGCAGGAAGAGCUCGAGCGGAAGCAAGCAGACCAUAUCCGUAUAUAACUUUCAGAAGCAUACUAAAAGUCCCAUCGAUGAUGUGGAGCUGAGGGGUGAACAUGCGGAAAAGGGGGAGACGGACUCCCUACAUAAGGAAAACUCUUUCAGCAAAUCAGAUGCCGAAGAGGAGAAGGAGGAAGACACAGAGACUGCCUGCAGUGAGAAGAGAUUCAGACGGGACAGUACUGUUGGAUGUUUAAAUGGAAACACAAGAAGCCAGGCAAACAUCUUGUCAGGUGACACAACCUCACAGCAAGAUCAAGGGGUCCGAAUAACCACUUCCGUUACCAUUGAUAAUUUGGAGCAGAACACAUCCCAGAUUGUCUUUCAGAGAUCCCAUGGCUCAGGUGCCGUGGGAUCAGGGAACAGCACAAUCGCUGUCACCACCACCAAGCUGAAAGGCAUUAAUGCCAACAUGAAGAUCGAAAUCAGGGAGGUUUUGCAGUUGGACGAUUCCGAUUACAAGACUACAUUUAUCCUUCAAAGUCAGAGGGCAAAGGACACAGAAGACUCUUCUGAGACCCAGCAGUUUGGCUGUCAUAUCCCUAGCAAUGAGAGCUUUACCUUUGCCUAUCCAUGGAGCCAGAGGACCAUAAAUGAUAGCAAAAUUGGGAAACCAUUUGAGAACAUGAGUUGUGAGUUUAGUGUGGUUGAGAUGAGCAAGGAAGAUGCGGACACAUCGAGAAAUUCAGUGCCAACCAUGUGUUACAGCGAGGACAUGGACUGUUACAAAAGCUGUUGCCAAGACCACUGCUAUGGGUAUGGGCAUUGUAGUCACAACGACACAGAUUUCUCACUUGUCGACGGUUCAUCCAGCCGCUCAGCGCUGUCCGAUAUUUGGCCUUUGCCGAAUAAGUUGCCUCUGGCCAACAGUAUCACCAGUGAAACAGAGCUGGAUGUACCACCCCCGAUAGAAUUCGCUGACAAAGAGUGCAAGGAUGAUGUGUAUGACCUCACCGAGGAUGUUGCAUUGUGCCACAUCAGCAGCGCUUCCGAUGACGUCUACGACCAGGGAGAAAGUUCCUCAGCAAUGACGUUUGGAGCUCCGAGCUCCAAGCGGGAAUCUACAUGCCACACGUCUGUAGAUGGGGGCAGGAGCUAUGACUUGUCUCAUUCAACCUCUUUCGAACCCGAGUCCGAGUUGGAAACAGAAGAGCUUUAUGGGUGGCCCAACGCCCCAGUGAGCCGGACGAGUUUCACCAAGAACUUCAUUUACAGGCACAAGCAGAAGGGGUGCAUGCGCAACAACAGCAUCGCCAUCCUGGAGAACAGCAGCCCGCCUGCAGGUUACCUGAACAAGCCAAUGAAACGGCGGAAGACAUUCCCUGCCGUGGUGGAUGAAUCCAAUGACCACCAGGACAGGCCCAUGAGCAGGGACUCGUUCUCCUCUGAUGCGCUCUCUCCAUUUUUCAUGCAGUCUCUUCCGCGCCAAACAGAACUGUCCGGAAGGUUCUACCCAGAGGACGACCCGUUUUAUUCCUUCUUUUCUGAGAGUCGCAAGUCUUCCAAGGGUAGCAGCAACUUUAGCUCGAGUCCUGUUCGCACCCACAACGUAUUCUCUCCUAAUCACUAUGCCUGUGGUCUUGGAACAGGAAACUCAUUCUUUGGCUCAGACAGAGAUGCCAUGGAGUGCGAGAGGGGGGAACAGGAACUGUCUGUUGUGGAGGAAGCUAAUCCAGAGAGUGUCGUAGGGUGCCCCCAGGAGCACAGUGAGGUUGCAGAAAGUGGUUUUGAUGAGGACAUCAUCGAUAUAGAGAGCACCAUAGAAGAUCUCUCCCCGAUUAGGUCUGUCUUGUCCAAAGACCCUUUCAUCCAUAUCACCCCUCCCUCACCCGGAUCUUCAAGGGACAGCAACAUCUACAGCGGCUACAGCGUAGAACAAACAAAGGAGCCCGAAGAUCCGGAACCCUACAUGGAAGAGUCCAUGUCUGAUCCAAAACCUUGGACACAGCGCAAGGAGUCUGCUGGUGACAUUCAGCCUAAGUCCAGGAAGGGCUCCGUCACAACUGUUAUGAUGGUGGGCAGUGAGCAGAGAAUUCUGCACAGCCACUCCAUAGACUCCAUAACUUCAGAGAGGAAACACAGAGAGCUGGUGUGCGAGACCCCUUGUCUUCUUCCGAUACAGGACGCAGAACAGAUGGAAGAGGAUGGCGCUGGGGAGACGACACAAGAGGGCCGACUGACACCUCAGAAAGCUCUGGUGUCGGAGUCGAGCAUUUCCAUCCAGUCUUCCUCCCCGAUUCCCUGUGAGGUGGCCGACCUGCAGAGUGACUCCAAUCACUCGCUGCGGUCGGCCAACACCUCGCAAGAGAUUGAGACAAAGGAGGAGGCAGCCACAGAUAAGCAGGUAGAGAAACGCAGCCAGGCCAAAUCCCAAAAUAAACUGAGCUUUCACACCCCGCGAAGAACUAUGAUGCAACCAUCGGAUACUGUGAGAAGGCACAGCUCAUCGAAAAUCUCCUCGGAAGUCAAGGAGCUGCUGAAACUGCCGGCAGAUCUGUCUCACAAGGAUCCUGAGGAGGCUCCUGAUCACUGGGCCAGGAGGCGUAAGCUCUUUAAGGAAAGCAGACAGAGAAGCUCAGCUGGAGGAAGCUCUAUCACCAGCAAUAUCACGGACGAGUCAGACACAAUGUUCUCAGAGGAAACUCGAUCAGUGGACAUGUCGAUGCGGGACAUGGAGGACAGAGGCUUCUAUACAGAGACGUUCCACUGUGCGUCAUGGAUUUAUCGCGGGGAUGAUGUCAGUCCCAGCGAGAGCCCGCGCUGCCUGAGCAAGCGGCCAAGGCCCGUCACCAUUCGUGAGAGGACAGUAAAGAUCACUAAAGGAUUUGGAGAGUACCCAUGGGGGUUCAGAAUCCAAUUCUCGAAGCCAAUCAUUGUCACUGAAGUUGACACAAAUGGUGCAGCAGAGGAGGCGGGGCUUCUCGUUGGUGAUUAUGUGCUGGCCGUGAAUGGAACAGAUGUCACCAGUGUUCCACAUUCUGAGGCAGCAGACUUGGCUCGACAAGGUCCAGAUCUGCUGACCAUGGUCAUUGGGUCAGACAUCAGUCGCUCUCCGAACACCCCAAGGCCGGCCUGUCGGGGGUACUUGCACAAACGCACCCAGUCCAGCCUGAUCAAAGGCUGGAGGAGGAGGUGGUUUGUGCUACGGCACGAUUGCUGUCUCUACUACUACAAACACAAAAGGGAUGAGGGGAAAAGCCAAGCAUUGUCAAAGAUGAAGCUGGAAGGUGCGGAGGUGGAAGCCGACUCCAGUCUUGGCAAACCUUUUGUGUUUAAAUGCUCCCCUGUGUCGGCUGGGAGGGUUUAUUACUUUUGUGCCACAUCAAACCAAGAGAUGAAAAGAUGGUUAGAGGCCAUGUCUCAAGCAGUUCAACCUCUACCUCAGAACCACGUGUGGGUGGACGUGACACGGCACAACUCAAGCCUGCCCCCUCUGGCCGUCAAGACUCCCGAGUGCCUGGGGCUGCUCCACCAGCUGGACCGCACCAAGGACGUGUGGAUGCAGAACUACUGCAUCCUCAAAGAUGGCUGCCUCUAUCUUUACGCCAGCAUUCGAUCCACAAACGCCUUAGGGGGGAUUUACCUUCAUGGGUACAGUGUCAAAGAACAACCAAUGGGAUCGAAACGCUCCACCAUUGAACUGAGGCCUCCGUCAGAAGAGUUUAAAACUUUCCACCUCUGUGCAGAAAACCCCACCGAAAACAAACGAUGGAUCUUGGCCCUCAGAGCCACCAUCAGCAAAUGGGUACCCCUGCACCGGGCCAUUCAGGACUACAUGAGCAAACCCCCGGAGGAGACCCGCAUGUGAGCACCCCAUGUGUGCACCCCUGGAGGAAACCCUCAUGUGAGCACCCCAUGUGUGCACCCCAUGUGAGCACCCCUGGAGGCCAUUUCUAACCUACUUCAUCAACAUCAUUUUACUAUGAACUCUUUUUUUAAUGCUGAUUUCAUUGUAUGUUUCCAUUCAGAAACAUUUUGAAAACACUAGUGUCUUGGAUAGAGCCAGAUAUACUGUAAUAGUAUAUCUGUCUAGUGACCACCCUGUUGAUACAUGGACUCAAUGUGGAUGGGGUGUCAUCACAGAAGUAAUGCCAUUUAGAAUUCCUUUUAGUUUCAUUUACAGUACAUCAGCCCAAACAACCCCAGAAUAUGGGUCUGAAAAGAGCACUGAUUGUUGUUUGGCACAGAGUACACAGACAAGUGAAGGGAAGGGGGAUUUCUCGUUUUAGUAUUUGUUUCCUACAUAAGUCUCGUCUAUGUUUACAGUAGUCUCCAGACUGUGACUUAAUCAGUCAGUAAGUUCCUAGAAAAACACAGACACUGGUUAUCUAAAACAUGUCUGCCAGUAUGAUCUAGGAUCUGUUUGUUUGCACUAAAUGUACAUAUAUUUUCUUUUAAUUAAAUUAACUUUUUCUGUUAGUUAAGUUUGAAAAGGCUACAAGUAUUUCCCCAGUUUUAAAGAAAUGUGAAAAACUCUAUACUAUUGCUCGUUCUUGACUUUUUGGUACUGUAGAUGUAAUUUAGUUGCUACUGCUCAAAAUAAUGGCAGGCAUGCUCAAUGUAAAGAUGCAUUAUUUGUAUUGUUUUUAAGUGUUCUUUUGACAUUGCAAUAAUGACCUAAUUUGCACCUAAUUUUUGUAAGUUUUGCGAUGCUCUUUCAUGUGUAAUAACAAUAUACAGUACAAUCUUUACUGUUUGUAUUAAAUGAUUUUUUAUUAUUGUGCAUAGCUUGUGACUGCUAUGUAGUAAAGACCUU